CCACGAGGCGGGCUACUCAGAAGAGGAAUGUAAGCAGUACAAGGCCGUGGUUUACAGCAACACAAUCCAGUCCAUCAUCGCCAUCAUCAGAGCCAUGGGCCGCCUCAAGAUCGACUUUGGCGACGCCGCGAGAGCUGAUGAUGCACGGCAGCUGUUUGUGCUGGCCGGCUCGGCUGAGGAAGGCUUCAUGACAGCAGAGCUUGCUGGCGUCAUUAAACGUCUCUGGAAGGACGGAGGCGUUCAGGCCUGCUUCAGCCGCUCCCGCGAAUAUCAGCUCAACGACUCGGCAGCAUACUACUUGAACGAUCUGGACAGGAUAUCCCAGGCCACCUACAUCCCAACCCAGCAGGAUGUGCUGAGGACCCGAGUCAAAACCACAGGCAUUGUGGAGACACACUUCACGUUCAAGGACCUGCACUUCAAAAUGUUUGAUGUCGGCGGUCAGCGAUCUGAGAGGAAGAAGUGGAUCCACUGCUUCGAGGGUGUGACCGCCAUCAUCUUCUGCGUGGCCCUCAGCGACUACGACCUGGUACUGGCCGAGGACGAGGAGAUGAACCGAAUGCACGAGAGUAUGAAGCUGUUCGACAGCAUCUGCAACAACAAGUGGUUCACGGACACCUCCAUCAUCCUCUUCCUCAACAAGAAAGACCUGUUCGAGGAGAAGAUCAAGAAGAGUCCUCUCACCAUCUGCUACCCAGAGUAUGCAGGCUCCAACACGUAUGAGGAGGCCGCCGCCUACAUCCAGUGUCAGUUCGAGGACCUGAACAAGCGGAAGGACACCAAGGAGAUUUACACCCACUUCACCUGCGCCACAGACACCAAGAAUGUGCAGUUUGUCUUUGACGCCGUCACCGACGUGAUCAUCAAGAACAACCUGAAAGACUGUGGUCUCUUCUGAGGACAAUGACCACAAAGACGAUGGCCCGUUUUUUUCUAGGCGGUGGAGCCAGCUUACUGUGCAUCUUUGGUGGGGAAGAUGAGAAGAGUCGGGAGGAUCAGUCACGGACCAGUGCUGUACUAUAUGCCACUUUUAACAGCUUUAUUUAUGUUUUUGUCUUGGAACAUUUUGAACUAGCGUUGAAAUUUGUGUAGGAUGUUUGUAUCAUUGUAAAAGCGUCACAGCAAAUUUCGCACAUUUUUUAAAUUCCCUCUGUUUUUUGUUUUUGAUUUUUGUGGAGGUGGAGGCGAUCACAUCUUUUUUUUUUCUUUUUUUUUUUUGCUGUUUCUUCUGCCGCUGUCUCUGGAAAAGGAAACUUUGCUAUCGGUGGACAUUCUUCUUUUCUUCCUUACCUACAACCAAAAGGGAAGAAAAGAGGUUCAACUUUGAGUCCAGUUUGUUGGUACUUGUGCCUUCGCAUGCCUUUUACUGCGGUCGUAGUCCUAAUGCUUGUUCUGUUGCCUGCUGAAUUGUUCUGAACAUUAAGAGGUAAACUGUUUUCAUAUGUUAGUGUCCCUGCUAUCUUCUAUGUGCACACCACUGAGCUAUCAGGAGGAGGAGGAUUUCCCUCUGGUCUAAAAAAGGUACAUGGGUCGUCAUAGUGACCAACAUGUAGCCUCCACAGUCCACUAUCCCCACGCCCCCCCCCACCCGCUACGACAAUGACAGGCCUCGCUGGCCGACCACACAGUACAAUACUGAGAUGUAUAUUGUUACCCCACAAAUCUGGGGUUCGGGUUUUUAAACGGUGUAUAAAAUAUCCCUUCUUCCCAGCCAUUGAGAAAAUGGUUAGCGGAGCCGCUGAGCUUAUAAUACGCUCACGUGUUUUAAAGUACAAAGACCAGAGUUGGCACAUUUUACUGUAUAUUUUAAUGUAUUCAGAGGAGGUUAUGGAGUCUUUGGUAGUGAGGAGGGGGAAAAAAACUAAACCACAGAAAAGAUUGUUGUAAAGGUGAGGACGCAGUCAGACGCCGAAUCACGGAUCUCAUCCAGCUGCAGCGAGUAGAGGGCGGGGGGGGUUGCUGUUUGAGGAUCCGUGAAGAAGGCGCUGAUUAAUUAUGAGGUGACGGGAAUAAAGAAGGUCAAGGGAAAACUGGCCUGUGAUUUUUAGAUCAGCGCUACUUUGCCAAGAGGAAUGAUGGUUAUCACGGUCCUGGAUCUGUUCAUAUAAAGAAACUGCCACAACUGUCAUUGUAUGUGUAUGUUCUCCGCAGAAGGAGAAUCUUUGUAGACUCAUUUCCCUUAUUUUGCUAAUAAAAACCAAUUACAAACCA